UCUAAAAUCAGCUCUGACGGAUCUCGGUGGUCACCUUCUAAUUACGAUGUUAUAUGCAACGCUCACUUUAUUGGAAAACAAAAAAGUAUCAACAAAUUCAGCCCCAGUUAUGUGCCAAAAAUAUUUCCUGGACAAAGAAAAAAAAUCGAUGAAGCAGCUGAAAUAAACAGAUUCACUAGAUUUAUGAAGCGACGAAAUUACGAUUCGAGUGACCCAACGAUUAAGAAAAAAAAAGUAGAUGCAGCUCGAGAGAACGAUGCAAGUACAAGCACCUGCAAUGAAACACCGGACGACUCGGUCACUGAAAACCAAGCUUUGAUGCAAAACUAUCAAGAUGACAAUGUAAUCAACGAUUCAAUUUUCCUUCAAGAAAUUUCGCAGUCAAAUCAAGAGUGUCAAGUUGACAUGUUACUGCUUAAUGAUUCGGAAAUGCCUCUUGAUAAUUCGAAAACGUUCGUGUGCAUUAGAUACGUAGAAAAUAAUGUUCGCCAUGCUGAAAUUCAGACAAAUAUUAAUAUAUUACCAAAAAUUGUAGUUAGAAAUCAAAAAAAAGUUAGCGACAAGAAGGUUGGAACACAAAAAAAAGAAUACGCAGAUAUUGGCGUAGGUUGUAAUUUUGAUGAAACAUUACAAAAAGGUUUCGUUGGAAUGAAAUCAGUUCAGACAAGUGACCAAUUAAUUGACCUUGCUGGAAUUUCUGUGGAUAAUUUUAAAAUUUUUUCAGAGAAAAUUUAUCCAUAUGAGAGUAUCAAUCAAAAGAUAUCCACCGAAGAUAAAUUAUUAAUUUUUUUUAUGAAAUUAAAAACCGGAUUGUCUUUCUCNUUCACUAAUAGUAUUACCUACAGAUUUUGA